CGCUUUGUCGAUCCAGUUCCGGACGUUCCGUCACAAUAAACAUGCAGUGCUAUUGUUCAAUGUCCAAUGGACACCGGGACGAUUAUAAAUAUUUUGUAAUGGGACAAUUAUUCUUGUUUACUGUCUCGGUCACUCCCUCGGUCUAGCAACGCGUAAUGAGCUCGUUACAUUCAAUUUAAAAUGUAGUUUUUAUUCCAAAUUGACCGAUGUGUCGAGAUAAAGCGAGAUCGAGGGAAAACGUUGAGCCUGAAAUUUGGGUGUUGACAUUGGGCUUGACCCGGGUGAAAAAUGGCCAGUUCACCGACUACUAUUGAAAAUCAGAUCGACAGUUUUUUGGAGCAAUUCAAGAGGAGUGCGACUAGGGCCAUGGAGGAGACACAGAGGAGUUACCACGCAAGCAGCUCCAUCAGUCGCAGUAGGAGCGGCAAUCUUGAUCUAGAGGUCUUGGAGGCCGAGGAUGUGGAGAGUAUGACAGGGGAGAUUGAGAAUGGUGAUCUGGCCGUUCGCGACGUCGCGGAUCUCCUGCAGCCCCAGUACGCAAUCAUUACUGGUGGCAAAACAAGGGAGGGAUGCCCCAUUAUUACCUUUCCUGAUAAUGGGAAUUUUCAUAAUUUAACGGAUCUGGAUUAUCAGCGGCUCAUGCUGUAUCUCACCUCAGUACCAACAUUACAAGAAGCAGAUCUCGGGUUUCAUUUGAUAAUCGACCGUAGGACUGACAAGUGGAAUUCGGUCAAGACAGUGUUACUUAAGAUCUCAGCUUAUUUUCCCGGUCUCGUGCACGUGGCGUACGUUCUUCGGCCUGUCGGCUUCCUCCAGAAGGCUAUAUCCGAGGUAUCGAACAAGCUCUUUCGCGAGGACUUCAAGUUCCGUGUGAUUGUCCUGGCGAAUGUGAAUGAACUCCAUGACUUUAUCGACAAGGAUCAAUUGACUGAGCAACUCGGUGGGGAUUUACCGUACUGCCAUCAUACCUGGAUACAAAAUCGAAUUAGCUUAGAAAAAUUCUCCUCCAUGACCCAAGACGUAUCGGUGGCACUGGACUCGUUCACACGUAGGCUUGCAGAGGUUGAAUUCCCGAAUAAUACGGUUGCCACGACUAGGCUGUUGAGUCAGCAGCAGGCUGAGUACAAUGAAUUGAAAGAGGAGAUAUUGAGUGCCGCGAGACACGGUGAGGCACUUUUAGACAGUGUCAGACAACUGACCGGUAAAGGUACUGCCGAUCGGUUGGGAAACGUUGCUGCAGUUGAAAGACUGUUAGUGCAAUUAGAAGAGACAGAGCGUACAUUUGACCUCUUUUGGUCUCACCACAGUGCGCGAUUGCGUCACUGUCUAGCCCUCCGUCAAUUCGAGCAGGAUUUUCGAGAGCUCCAAGCUAAUCUCGAUCAGCACCUAAAGACAAUCGAUGAAAUGACCGAAGUCGGUGAGACCCAGUCACGCGUGGAACAACUGAUACGUGACACAAACUCCUUCCAGCGAAUAUGCAGGGGAGACAUAGAUCGAGCUGAGGAGGUAAUCGCUGCAGGCCAGCAGUUGCUCUCGGGGAGGCACCAGUGUCCAACUGAAGUGGUGGAGCCAAAAUGCGCGGAAUUGCAACGGGUCUGCACAAUGUUGAGUCAGAGGCUGGAACGACGUUUGCAUACACUCACGAAAUGUCGAGAAUUGAUGGAGAGAAUCGACAAGGCAAACGCGUGGUGUACACGAGGUAUUGAACUCUUGGCCUCGCAGAGCAGUACAAUGCCCCCGGAGCAGGCGCUGCAAGAACUUGAGCAAUUGAUCGGGGCAUCUGAAGAGUUCCAUCACCCCAGAUGCAUCUUUCAAGACUCUAUAAUGCCGGAGACCAAGGCCUUGGUGACUCAGGUUCUACAGAGGAUCGAGGAUGUAUCGUUAAUGUGCGAGAAGAGAAUUGUGACGUUGAAGCAGCAGCUGGUGAAACCGGCUAGGCCAGUGCAAACUGUUACUCCAGAGCCUGCUAAACCUCUUCAGGCAUCACCGAAUAUCAAGCCUGGGAGGAUACUGAAGAAAGCUAAUACGAUGCCAAAGAUGGAGAUGGGUCCCAUCGAAGACACAUCAUCCCCAGAGAGUGAGCCCCGAGACCUUGAAGCCUCUCGCCUAAAACGUGGUCACGUUCUAACCGAACUGGUAGAGACAGAGAGAGCCUACGUGGCUGAACUGGGAUCAAUAAUAAAAGGCUACAAACUGGAGAUGAACAAUGAAGCCCUUAUGCACCUCAUCCCCGCGGCUCUCAUCGGCAAAGCCGACAUUCUCUUCGGCAAUCUCGAGGAGAUCUACCACUUUCACGGCGAGACAUUUCUCCGUGACCUGGAGAACUGCAUCUCAAACACAGAACUCGUAGCCCUGUGCUUCGUCCAGAGACGCGAGAUAUUUUUCCGCCUCUACAGUUACUACUGUCAAAAUAUACCCAGAUCAGAGAGACUGCGUGAGCAGAUUCAGGGCGAGCCCCAAUUUCUCGCUGCCUGUCAACAAAAACUGGGCCACAAACUGCCACUCGCUGCUUAUCUCCUCAAACCAGUUCAAAGAAUUACCAAGUAUCAACUUUUGCUUAAGGAUCUGCUCAAGUACAGCGAUGAGCCUGCCUGCUGUACGGAAUUACAGGAGGCGUUGGAUUGCAUGCUUGUUGUACUCAAGUGCGUUAAUGAUAGCAUGCAUCAGACUGCAAUCACUGGAUUUGGGGGAGAUUUAACAGCCCAAGGAGAACUUCUACUUCAAGGAUCCUUCAGCGUAUGGAGUAGUAGCAAACGUGAGCGUCUACUCAGACUCAAGCCCUCGCAACGACACAUAUUCCUGUAUGAGAAGGCCAUGAUAUUUUGUAAACAUAGCAAACCGCAGGCCCAUAACAAAGCUACUUAUCACUUCAAGCGUUAUCUCAAGAUGUCUCAAAUAGGCCUGACUGAGUCUGUCAAAGGCGACACGAGAAGGUUCGAGAUAUGGCUUCAAGGUAGACAAGAGGUCCACACGAUACAGGCACCGAGCCUGGACGUCAAGCAGUCCUGGGUGCGACAGAUCAAAGGUGUUCUUAUGUCACAAUUAGCGGAAUUAAAAGGGAAACAGAAUACAGCAUUGGCUAAAUCGAAUCAUAAGUACGCACCUCUCCGGCAAACAAUAUCCUGGGAGGCUCAGUCCAGUGUAUCAGGCUCCCUGAGGACGCUCUCAGUGGAUGGAAACAGUGUGAUAUCCCACAUAACGGAUGUGUCCCAGUCCACCGAAGAGGACGUGGCCUGGAGCUCUGAAAACAGUAACACAGACGAAGAGGAUGCCUUUUCCGAGAAUCCAGGGCCUGCGCCGGGUGGUAGAUACGUCGCACUGGCUGAUUACUGCGCUGUGGGACAGUCAGAGGUGACCAUGAGAGAGGGAGAUCACCUGGAGCUGCUCAAGGUAGGCUGUGCUGGCUGGUGGUUCGUCAAACUCAUUGGCACUGGAAUCGAGGGCUGGGCACCAGCUGCCUAUCUAGAGCCAGUCAGUCGCAAGACAUCUCGCAGCUCUCAGUCUGUCAAUAGUCAGGAGAUAUGAAAUAGGCGUCUAACACACUAGGUAGACAGCCUCGUGUGUUAGAAAUGUUUUUACCAAAAUGUUUAUUCGCCAGCAGUUCAAUCAAAGGGGAUUUUUGUAAUUUCUGGGCAACAUUCGCUUGGAUGACAUUCUUUUCGGGGGUCAGGCAGUCCCUGUUGACAGAAUUUAUUGUGAAUAGUCAUAGGAUUGUAUAAUAUUUUUUCAACCCUGAGGGUUUGAAAGACACGUAGAGGUUUCUAAACAUUUUUCAUAUUUUUGGUUGGUAUAAUUUCAGUGAGACAGUAUUUUUGUCGACAAGAUUACUCAUUGCACACAACGGAGUCCCUUCAUUCUUUGACACGUGUUGAAUUGUGCACAAUAAAUUGAAUUACAAUUUCUGUAGAAGUCUUAAUGCAAAAUAUCGAAUGUGUCAAGAAAUGAAGGGACUAUUAUGUGUAAUAGAUCAUUUUACCGAGAAGAUGCUGUGCUGACAGCCUCGCGUGUCAGAAACGUUUUUGCCACAACGUUUCUUCGCGAGCAGUUCAAUCAAAGGGGAUUUUUGUAAUUUCUGGGCAACAUUCGCUUGGAUGACAUUCUUUUCGGGGGUCAGGCAGUCCCUGUUGACAGAAUUUAUUGUGAAUAGUCAUAGGAUUGUACAAUAUUUUUUCAACCCUGAGGGUUUGAAAGACACGUAGAAGUUUCUAAACAUUUUUCAUAUUUUUGGUUGGUAUAAUUUCAGUGAGACAGUAUUUUCUCGACAAGAUUAACUAUUGCACACAACGGAGUCCCUUCAUUUUUCGUGCACAAUAAAUUGAAUUAAAAUUUCUGUAGACAAAGUGUGAAUGCAAAAUAUCGAAUGUGCCAACAAAUAAAGAGACUCCAUUGUUUCUAAUAGUUAAUUCUGUCAAGAAGAUGCUGUGUCAGCGCUGAAGUGCGCCUUGUAUUUUAUCGUUUAGGCGAGUGCAGGUAAACUGCUCAAGUGAUGAGCUAAUUAGUUUUCAGGCCAAAUGAAUUAGUAAAUUUAUCGAUUUUCGACUGAGUUAGCCAGUACAGUAUUUUCGUAAAAUUAAUUUUCUCAACUGAGCUUUCAGUUUAUUCCUAUUCUGAAUGAUCGCGAUUGUCUCGAUCAAGGUGGAAAUUCGGAGUAAUUGUAUAUAAUGGAUACACCAAAUUAAUUAUUCAAUGAGGAUAUUCUUAUUGAUGACACAAAGAUGCACUAAAAUCAUGAUAAUCUUGGGAACGAAUGGGAGGUCUUAUUGCCAUGUUAGGGAUUAAGCUUGUUGCAGUAUCUUACUAAGUUUCUUGCUGGACCAAUGAGUGUUUAGUCGCCAGUAAUUAAAUGUCUCGUGGAUCGAUGAUCAUCAGGGGGUGAGAAUUGAGGGAGGAUACAAUUUUUUCGGUGAAUUUUCAAGUUUAAGACUUGCAAAUUGCAAUCAAUUAACACCAAUUCAUGCAGUAAUAGUUUAUAAUGAGAGAGAAAUACGAAUUACAGUAGUAGGGGAUAAGGUGGGCGUUGAGCAAUUCAAGAUUUCAGAUAUACAGUGAUUUUAGGUGAUGAGGGUGUUAUUAAUAGGAAAUUCAAUACGCACAUGAGCCCGAAUGAGUGAAAAUUAGCCGAGGGGUGGUUUUCGAGUGGGAAUUCGAGGGUUUUUUUUCUUUCAACAGUGAGAGAAAAAAAAAGAUCACCUAUUGAAAAUUGUCAGGAGUAUAAAAUAAUAAUGACAAUGUGAUAGUAAUCCUGUUACUUAGGAACGAAAUAUUAUUCAUCUAGCUUCAGCUCAUGUGAAAUAUUCUCAUCCUGAAGUAUUUCAUUGUCGAAAGCAGAGGGAUUAUUGAUAUUUGAAAAUUUUGUAUGUUCAGAUGGAACAAUUUUUUAUCUUGGCAGGUGUCAGAGUGGGAUUUUUUUGUUCCUCCUCUCAAUGAAGAGAAUUCACUAGUGAAAGGGUGAAACCUAAUGAUUAAACAAUUACAGUUCAAUGAUUUUUGCUGAUUGUUCAAUCAUCUCGAAGAAGAAUCACUUUAAAAAAAUGUAUUUUUUUUCCCCAGUGAUGGAAUUUCGUUUUUCCCUCUCUCUACUGAAUUUUAUUUAUGUUUAUAGUUAAUGAGGAUAAUUGAUGAUACUGAUACAUGUAAUGCACGAGUUCAGCUCGGUCUCGAUUUUUUAUACGUAAUGAAAAAGAGUCAACAGCGUAACGAAAACCAAAUAAAUUCCCGAUUUGCGAUUGUUCUAGGGCAACAACAUAUAAUAGACAAUAAAUUUUGUCCAUUGUUUAAAAUAAAACGGUGAAUAGAGGAUAAAUUCAGGCAAAUAUUUGUAAUAGGAGGUAAUGUUCAAUGAUAGAUCCGUUGAAACUAAAGCCCCAAAGCUUCCUUAUAGGAUUAUACUUGAAGGAAUAUUUCCAGCUGAAAUGAGCAUUGAACAUGAGAUUUAUAGAAUCAGAAUUGCUUUCUCAUUCGAUUCAGUUGCUCCUCGAACCUUGGCGAACAAAAACAAAAAUUAGAUUCUAUUUUUACACCUGAAAAAUGAUGUAAAUCAGUGGAAUUGCUUCCAAUUUUCCGUAGAGUUGAUCAUUAGUCAUUCGAUCGAACUUGAUAAGAUGUUAAUGAAUUAUUUGUACAUUUGUAUUUCGAAUUUAGAUUUAUUUACAACAAUUUAGACGCCCUUUUAUUCUUUCGAAUUAUCGUAAUUUCUUGUAAUUGACAUUGCUCAAUUUUUAGUUUCCUGUGGAUAAUUGAACAAUUGUUGUUCCCUCCAGAUUAACAGAGAAGAGGUGGAAAGAAAAAAUGUUGACUUAUUGCAGGUGAAGAAAUGAUAGAACGUGGCUGUUCAGAACGGCUCACGUGUUGAAUUCACGUUUAGCUCGUUCCUCGAUCCAUCAGUUGGACACUAAGAUAACUAUAUAAUAUGCAAUUUUACCUGAUAGAGUUAGAUUAUUCAUUGUAAUAGAGAGAAACUUUAUAAGAGAAAUAUUGAUUAACGAAACAACAUCGUGUAAUAUUAUUUUAGUCAUUUAUUUAUUGUUUUUAGAUGUUUAUUGGAUGGAACAAAAGUGUUUUUAUUUUGUUUAUGAGGUAAAACAUUGGAACAUGUUUAUUUCUGUGGAUGAUUUAUAAAAUCUCGAGGAUCUCGAUCCUUUGAAAUUUUUUUCUAUUGUUAUAAUUGUGAAAUUUUCGUUAUUUCAUUCAUUUUCUUUCAUGAAAAUCGUAAUUUGUAAUGAGACAUUUUAAAUAAACUGUUAAAUUGCACAAG